GCAAAACGCACGCGUGACGAGAACCAUCUCUUCUGCUUUACUGAUAUUAACAGCACGGAUUAAACCUGAAUGAACAUCAGAAGGAUUAUCCCGUGUGUUGCACGGCAUCGAGAAGGCAGAUCGAGAAGUCUUCAUUGGUGUGGCACAACUGUGGACGCCAUAAUGCGCAAUGACCCACUGCAAGCUUUCCUUCAGGAUCGGACUCCAGAAUCCAUCAAAGGAUCCCCCUUGAUGUUGCUGGAAGACACCUGCAAUCGCAUCAGCCAUUCCUGUGCGUCCGGAUCCACUCGCGUCCCGUAUGAAGGUUCACCACCCGAGCUCUUCCACCCCUGGAGAAGUGACGCCUCCACACAUGCAGCAUUCUCCUCUGAUUGGCUGUCCCGGCACAUCCAGACCUCAUUAAACCCACACCACGACGUGCCACCGACACACUAUGACUUCUCGCCAUUGGAGAUGUUGCCUUGUCCAUCAUCCUCCUCAUACGCUUCUCUUUCAGCUUACGGACCCACACACACUGGACUUGUGCAUCAUCCGCAGAGACAAUUGGCUCGGGAGGAUAUGCAAUGGUGGACCAGUCACUCCUCAACACAUCAUUUUCAGCAGAUACAGCAGUACCAGGCCCGAAUCGCCACCCUGCUCAACUCCAAGUCUCGGAAAAGCCGGAGAUGCACGUGCCCAAACUGCCAGAAGAGCACGGAAGCGUCGGGCAGGAGAAAGCAGCACGUGUGCCACGUGCCGGGCUGCGGGAAGGUGUACGGAAAGACGUCGCACCUGAAGGCACACCUGAGGUGGCACACGGGAGAGCGGCCGUUCGUGUGCACCUGGAUGUUCUGCGGGAAGAGCUUCACGCGCUCCGAUGAGCUCCAGAGACACCUGCGCACACACACCGGAGAAAAACGCUUCACCUGCCCGCACUGCAACAAGCGCUUCAUGCGCAGUGACCAUCUGGCCAAACACCUGAAGACACACCUGAUGAGGAAGAGCAGACCACUGUAUCCCAUGCUGGACCACAUUAGCAAAACCCUUGAACAGAAGUCUUAGCAUAACAUUAAAACUGGUCAUAAAUUGGACAAUACCGAUAUGGUGUCCAAUGUUGUGCAUCCCUUAAUAAUUUCACAUUGAUGUGUGUUACCCUUUACUUUUUUGCUGUUUCAGAAAUAGUUUCAGUUUUUUUUUUUUUAAAUAUAGCAGGACCACUAAGAUGUGUUACAACAACAUGCUCAAAAUGUGUUAAAAUUAAUGUUCAAAGCUUUUGUGUAUUGUCAGGACUCUUAAGGAAAUUGUCUAUACAGACCUCAAGAAAUAUUAAAAAAUAAUGUUGCAAUCGACCAGUUUCCCCUAUGCAAUAUGAUCUCGGUGAACAGGCAAAACCCUAACUAAAAAUGUUCAUUGAUAAUUGCCUUCUUUUUCAAAAAGACA